AUGAACUUUAUCAUAACCUGUGAAAGAUGUGAGGAGUACUUUGACCAGGAUGAAAGAACCCCUCUCAUAUUGCCAGAUUGCGGUCAUACCUUCUGAGAAAGCUGCGUUGCUGAACUGUUGGGUGAAGAAGAAAAAGCCUGCCCCACAUGUGGUUCAGAAAUUACCCACGAAGACCCAAGAGAAUUUAUGAAAAAUCAGAAAAUUCUUGACCUUAUUCAGAAAAAUACAAACAUCCCUCAUGAAAUUGAGAACCAAGUGAUGUGUCCAAGACAUUAUGACAAAGUAAUAGAGUACUUCUGUAAAAAUUGUACUCAAACAGUGUGAGUAAAAUGUAUGUUUGAUGACCACAAUGGACAUGAGCUUCUUCAAGUUGAUGAGAUGACUAAUGUGCUCAAACAGAACGUCUAUGAUCUCCAGAAAAUGCUUGUAAAUGCCACCAGACUGAACGAAGAGAAUAGGAAGUUGAUUGAGCAAGUCAAAGACGAGCUCUCAAAGCUCAAACAACAACAAAUGCAGAAUAUAGACAAAGGCUUCAUGGAACUCAUGAAAAAGCUUGAAGACAAGAAGCAAGAGAUAAUGCUAGAGUUUGAAAAAUAGGUACAAGAAAGAAGAACAGAAGUUUAUGACAAAGACUAGUCUUGUAGACACCAACUCUGAGGAGAUCAAAGGAAUCGAGAAAAUUUUUAACGAACUUCUGCAGUUUAUCAAUAAUAACCCUGAUGCUAAAUUUCUGCAAAAGGCUAGUGAUGUGACUACAUUCUUGCAUAAAUCUUUCACUGAUUUAGAUAUAAUCACAAAGAACCAGAUUGCACAGAAAAGUGAGAUUUAUAUACACCCGAGCUUCAAGCCGCUGACUCUGAAUGUGAAGAAGGCUAUAGAGAUAGUUUCCAAAUUUGAAAUGUUGCCUCUUAAUGCAAUGCCAACUUCGAGAGAGAAGAGUACCUCUAGAACAAGAGGAAGCAGGAGAGAAGGACUCAGAGGGCCAGGAAUGUAUAUGGAUGAAGCAAGAUCAACAGAAGAACAAGAAUAUGGAGGGCAUCCUCGUCACCCCAGCAGUAGAUCUAAUUUAAAGAAUAGUGUUCGAUCUAAUGCUGGUCCAAAAGGAGGUUAUCCAGCUAUUUCUAAACGGAUGCCUAAAAAUAAGAUGCAUAACUCAUACAGAGAUCCAACAGAUCUUGAAACUGAUGACUGGGAAAGUCGGACAAAACCAAUGAACAAGCUUAGAAAGCAUGGAGGUCCUUACCCUCAACAAACUAUGAUCCAUGCCUUUGGAGACAAUGCAGAAUUUCUUAGCUACAAUGUAGAGGACCAAAUUUGGGAGCAAAAUAAAUAUGACAACAAUUCCAACUACUCUGGAAGCUUAAAAUAUAUGAGCGCUGCAUCUUCUCCAGAUGGAAAAAUUUAUCUCACUGGUGGAUGUCUCAUUUCUACAGGAGAUCCUGUCAACGUGUGUUAUGAAGUAAGUGCUAUAAAAGCAUCUAAGAAUCAGAGUAAAUAAGAAGAUGCUUAAUAGAAGAUAUGCCCAUUGAUCAGUAUUCCUGAACGGUUAUGUAUAUGUAAUCGGAGGAUUUAACAACAAAGAUGCAGAAGAUGUGAGCCCCAAUACAACUAAUUCAUGAGAAUGAUUCUCUCCUUAUGAAAAUUCUUGGUCUGAAGUAUGCCCGAUAGCCCAAAGUCGAGCAUUUGCUGCAGCUGCUACUAUAAUGAACCAAUACAUUUAUCUGUUUGGUGGAUUCCAAGGAUUUAAUAUUUUGAAUACUAUUGAACGGUAUGACUGUAUGUCUGAUCAUUGGCUCACAUUACAUUUGAAACUUCCAGCAGCCUCUGCAAAGUUAGGAGCAGUAGCUAUUAACAACGAUGAAAUUUUGAUCCUGGGAGGACUCAACCUUUCACUUAAGAAAAGGCAAAAAUCUGUGAUGAAAUUAUCUUUAAGCGGCAAAAAGUGGACUUCCCUGAAUGAUAUGAAAAUCGGUAAAACUUUCAAUUGAUCUGCCUUCUAUUAUGACAAUUAUGUCUAUAGUAUUGGCGGAAAUGAGAAAGAUAUUUGAGAAAGAUAUGAUCUCGAAAAUGACUUCUGGGAACCUAUUCCCUCAUACUCUGAAAUCACGAGUCUAAAGGAUUUCCAGACAUGGUGUAUGGCUUUAGUUUAACUAAAUAUUUUCUCUCAUUUCAA